AUGACAAACACAAAGGGAAAGAGGAGGGGCACUUGCUAUGUGUUCUCUAGGCCCUUUAGGAAACAUGGAGUUGUUCCUUUGGCCACGCAAAUGCAAAUCUACAAGAAGGGUGAUAUUGUGGACAUCAAGGGAAUGAGCACUGUUCAAAAAGGAAUGCCCCAUAAAUGUUACCAUGUCAAAACCAGGAGAGUCUACAGUGUCACUCAGUGUGUUGUGGGCAUCAUUGUAAACAAGCAGGUUAAGAGCAAGAUUCUUGACAAGAGAAUUAAUGUGCAGAUUGAACACAUCAAGCACUCGAAGAGCAGAGACAGCUUCCUGAAGCAGGUGAAGGAGAACGACCAGAAGAAAAAGGAAGCCAAAGAGAAGGGUACCUGGGUUCAGCUGAAGUGCCAGCCUGCUCCACUGAGAGAAGCAAACUUUGUGAGGACUAAUGGGAAGGAGCCUGAGCUGCUGGAGCCCAUUCCGUACGAAUUUAUGGCCUAA